AUGAGCUCAAGUGAUGAUGAUCCACUAGUUUUUGGUAUUAGACCACCAAGAGCUCCUCCGCCAUCAAAUACAGGUCGAAUAAGAAGAAAUCCUAGAAAUUUUCGAACUGAAAAACCUCCUCCAGAACCUCAAGAAUUAAAGAAAGAAGAAGCAAAUGAAGAAGUGAAAGAAAUUCCUGAUAAAAAACCACAAGAAAAUGUUAUUCAAGAAAUAAAUUUGCAAUAUUCUAUCCAUCGUACAAAAUCAACAAUUACAUCAAAAACAUUUACGUUUUCAAAUGAAAGUUCAACUUUAUUUACGGGUAAAAAAGCACGUUCAAAUUUCUAUAUUAAUAAAGGUGAAGACUGUCACAUAUCAGGAUCUCAUGACUACGAAAUACUAUAUUUGAAUGAGGAUAGAUCCUGGGAACUUCAUGAGAUUUCUUCAAAUCUGAAACUUAUGAGAAUGAAAGCUGAAGAAACAGACAUUACACUAUCAAAGAUGAAAAAGAUCGACAUCUUAAUGUUCAAAAUUACAAUUUUCAAGAAUGGAGAAGAAAUUAAUCUUCAUUCUUGCCUUCCAAGGGUUAAAAAUGGAGGAUUGGUACUACGAUUCGGUAAUAAGUUCAUAUGUAAUUCCCCUAAGAAUAUUAUUCUUCUUGAUUCACAAGAAUUGAGAGUUUUGGAAUUAUUUAAAAUUGCAAAGGAUUUCAUGAGAAUGGAUAUUCAGAGAAACAUGGGGAUACCUGAAAUUGUAUUAUGCGCGAUAUCUUUUAUCAAUUGGAUAUCUCAUUAG